GUGUGUGUGUGUGAACCGGUGGGAGAGGAGGAGGACCAGUGAAGAGCAGAGGAGGAGGCAAGUCCAGGAGGCUCGGCGCUAAACGGGACUCCGCGUAAAUAAACAGCGAAGCAGCACAGCACUCCGUGGCGAAGGAGCGGAUGAGACCGAGCCGGACUUGGUGUAUCGCGUCGAAGCGGAAUAAUCAGACUGAAAAAAACCCAGAGGAGGAAGGAGCAGACAUCAACCCAGAGAAGAAGAGGAGAGUGGAUAUUUAGGUUAUUCUGUUGUGGAGGUGCCCUCAGACUGUGUGACUGAGCAGCAGAGGGGCAGGGGCAGAACACUGUGACACACGAUGAGGAUGAUGAUGGAGAUGAGUUUGGAAGCAGCGCUGCUUCUAGUGAUACUGGGACACCUCGCCUCUGCACUGGAGGUCCCACUAGACCUUCUGCCAGGAUUGCCGCAGCCUCCGACAAUAACUCACCAGUCCCCGAAGGACUACAUUGUGGAUCCUCGAGAGAAUAUUAUAAUUCACUGCGAUGCGAAGGGGAAGCCACAUCCAAGCUUCUCCUGGACGAGAAAUGGGACCUACUUGGAUGUGGACCAGGACCCUAGUGUGACCACGAGGCCUCACUCUGGGACACUGGUAGUGGACAUCAGUGGAGCAAGGCCCGAAAAUUAUGAGGGUGUGUUUCAGUGCACAGCGAGGAACAAAUACGGAUCUGCUGUGUCCAACAAUAUCGUUGUCAGACAGUCAAAAUCUCCCUUGUGGUCAAAGGAGAAAAUCAAGCCAUUCGAGGUUCGGGAAGGUGUUUCCCUAGUGUUGCCGUGCCGACCCCCUGCAGGACUUCCACCUCCCAUCAUAUUCUGGAUGGACAAUAACUUCCACAAGCUGCCUCAGAGUCAGAGGGUGUCCCAGUCUCUGAAUGGCGACUUGUACUUCUCCAACAUUCGCCAAGAAGAUUCCAGGAAUGACUACAUCUGCUACGCUCGUUUCACAAACACGCAAACCAUCCAGCAGAAACAGCCCAUCACUGUCAGAGUGGUCAACCUGGAUGCAAUCAAUGACACAAUGGCAGAUUAUUAUAAUGACACUGAGUUGUUAACUGAUGCCCCAGCUGAUGAGAGGCGGCCAUCCUUCCUCAUCCCAUCUGGCCUCUCAAGCUCCAUGACGGUGCUGAGGGGACACGUACUGGAGAUGGAGUGCAUUGCCGAAGGACUGCCCACCCCUGAGAUAUCCUGGACCAAAUUGAGCGGAGACCUCCCCAGCAGGCGCACAUCCUUCCUGCAUUUCAACAAGACCUUGCAGAUUGUGAACGUGUCUGAAUCAGAUGCGGGAGAUUACCGCUGCACAGCCAGGAACCAGCAUGGCUUUGCACACCACACCAUCAGCGUUGCAGUCAAAGCUGCCCCUUAUUGGAUCAGUGGGCCUCCAAAGAAUCUUGUUCUUGCUCCAGGAGAGAAUGGAGUACUGACCUGCAGGGCCAGUGGCACACCGAAACCCUCCGUCAUCUGGUUAAUGAAUGGUGACCUCAUAGAGAAUUCCCCUAAAGAUAUCAGUAGAAACGUGGAGGACGACACAAUCAUCUUCUAUGAUGUUCAGAUCGGAUCUAGUGCUGUGUACCAGUGCAAUAUCUCUAACCCGUACGGUUACCUUCUGUCCAAUGCUUUCGUCAACGUCCUCUCUGAGCCUCCCAGAGUGCUGACUCCAGCCAACAAACUCUACCAGGUCAUCGAGAAUCGUCCGGUCCUGAUGGACUGCUCCUCUUUUGGAUCACCCAUUCCCAAAAUUAAGUGGUUUAAAGACAGCAGAUCCAGCACCCUGGAUGGAGACUCUUACAUCCUGCAUGACAACGGCACUUUGGAGAUUCAAGUAGCUCAGGCCCAGCACAAAGGCAAAUACAUCUGCGUUGCCAGCAACAUGCUUGGAAUCUAUGAGAACCAUGUUUACCUGGAAACAAGAGAGCCUACCCGCAUCAUAAAUCAAUCGGAUGACAUGGUGGUUCAGAGAGGUCGAUCUGUGGUGUUUGAGUGCAAAGUGAAACACGACAAGGACCUCAUGCCCACCAUGACUUGGCUCAAAGACAAUGAGGAGAUGCCUGAAGAUGAGCGAUUCGUUGUAGAGUUUGACAGCCUCUCCAUCACUGAUGUGUCAGAGAGAGAUGCGGGGGUGUACACAUGCAUCGUAAACACUACUCUGGACCAUGAUUCGGCAACUGCUAAGCUAACAGUUGUUGAGUCCACGCCAGCUCCAGCUGUCAUCCACGGGCGACCCGACGCCCCCACAGACCUGGAGCUGACGGACCAGAAAAAGAGAAGCGUUCAGCUCACUUGGAUCCCUGGGGAGGAACAUUACAGCCCUAUUCAGGAAUUUGUAAUCCAGUAUGAAGACUCACUGCUUCACCCAGGUCAUUGGCAUGACCUUGCACGGGUUCCUGGGACCAAGACAACUGCUCAUCUCAAACUUUCACCAUAUGUCCACUACACCUUCAGAGUGUUGGCCCGUAAUGCUGUGGGCCUGAGCAUGCCAAGCAGCCCAUCUCGAAUGUAUAAAACUGAUCCUGCAGCUCCUGACCAGAACCCAAAAGGUGUACGUGGAUCUGGAACUGAACAUAACAAUCUUGUAAUCACCUGGGAGCCUCUUACAGGCCUUCAGUCUAACGGUCAAGGACUUCGUUACAAAGUGAGUUGGAGGCGGAAGAGACCGGGCAGCGACUGGACUACAGUGACCGUGGCCAAUAACUCAAAGUUUAUUGUGUCUGGAACACCCAUCUUUAGUCCAUAUGAGAUAAAAGUUCAGGCUGUAAACGACCACGGAGAGGGACCAGAGCCUGCUGUAGCCCUCGGCUACUCAGGAGAAGAUUUGCCCGUAGCAGCUCCAACAAAUGUUCAGGUUUCAGUACGAAACAGUACUUGGGUAAAGUUACACUGGGAUCCUGUGCCUCUUCAUUCAAUACGAGGGCAUAUCCAGGGAUACAAGGUUUAUUACUGGAGAAAGCACAGCCUUCAUAAACACAACCCUGAUCACACUGAGAAGCGCAUCCUCACCUUUAGUGGGAACCACAGCCACGGCAUGCUGCCUGGUUUACACCCUUUCAGCCAGUAUUUAUUUAAUGUAAGGGUCUUUAAUAAGAAAGGGGAUGGUCCCCCAAGUACAAUGCAGCAGUUUGAGACAAAUGAGGGAGAGCCUGGCCCUCCCGCCUCGCUGUUUGUCACAAACCCCAGUCUAGAUUCUUUAACCCUCGAAUGGAGUCCUCCUCGUGAACAUAAUGGGCACAUCACCGGCUACAACCUCAAAUAUCAGCCAGUCAAUAACUCCAAUGAACUGGGCCCAGAAGAGGAGCUGGCCCUGGCUGCCAAUGAGACCUCAGUCACUUUGCAAAACCUCAAGUACAGCCCACGCUACAAGUUUUAUUUGAAUGCGAGAACAAGCGCUGGAGCGGGCCCAGCCAUUUCUCAGGAAGUUGUCAUCAUGCUGGAUGAAGCCCAGCCUGCGAGUCCUUUCGCAAAUGUUAGCUCCUCAGUUGAAGAAGAUGGGGCCCUGAUCACUUGGGAGUACUGGGGGCCAGAGAAAAAUGUUUAUGUUGAGUACAUUGCAGACAACAGUGAAGGUGAAGAGCAGUGGCAGAAAGAGCUUGUGAACGGCUCUCAGAACGUUAAGCUCAAGGGCCUAAAGGUGGGCCUCUCCUAUAGGGUGCGUGUGGUGGCUAAGGGUCACCAUGAGCAGCCACUCCACUCUGAGGAGCUGUUUGUCACGGUCCCAGCUGUGACGAGCAGACAGGUAGACAUCGCCACUCAGGGAUGGUUCAUUGGCCUCAUGUGCGCCAUCGCCCUGCUCAUCCUGAUCCUUCUCAUUAUCUGCUUCAUUCAGAGGAAUAAAGGAGGGAAAUACCCUGUCAAAGAGAAGGAGGAUGCACACACAGACCCGGAGUUCCAGCCAAUGAAAGACGACGACUGUACUUUUGUGGAAUACAGCUGACAUUAAACCAUCCAAAACCACCAAUAUCAAUCACAGCAUCAAGAGGAAUGCAAGCAAUUGAGCUUAUGCCAAGAUAAAGCACAAGGUGUUUUUUUUCUCUAUGGGUUUGGGACGUCUUGGAGGCUACUCGUGUUGGACUGGUGUGUCUGUUGGACAUCACAUUGUGGUGCCACUUAAGGACCAGGAAUCUUCAGGUUUAAUGGAUUUUGAAUUGUAUUGUUAUAAAGGCUUAGAAUUGACUGGUUUAAAAGGUGAAUAGUAAAAACAGACAUUCACUCUCAUCUCAACUAAUAAGCUAUUCACAAGCAUUGUGCAUACAGUAAGUAUAGUGUUAACUUAACCUAACCUCUGGCAGUUUUUCAGCUAUGCUUGUUAAGAUCCUCCUUCUGGGCUGCUUCUCCAAUAGCAUGCUGAAUAAAAAGACAAAAAAGAAGCACUUUAAAUCUGUACAUCUAACGUUUUUGAAUAUUGUUUUUUUAAAGGUCGAUUUAUAAGAAAGUCUUGAUUUUAUAUUUUGUAUUAUAUUCCUUUUUUGUAUGUAGAUAUAAAUAUGUUCUAUGGCUUUUAUGCAUGGGUACAUAACAUUUUGCUCCAGGGAAUAAUGUGUUGAAUGGAAUUAUUGUUUAAAUAUAGAUAUAAUAGAUAUAUAUUAUAUAGAUGCAUAUGGAUCUGAUGUGGAAUUUAAAGCAUGACUGAAGACUGAGAAAGCUGGUUAUUUGUGCUAUUGACCGAUUGAUGGCCAUUUUUAUUGUUUGGAUAAUUUUUUAAGCCUAAAAUUCUCCACAUUUCUUAUGUUUAUAAAUUCCAUAAAAAGAUCAAAACCAGCAGUACUGGAGGCAAUAUUUAAGUUUAGCCCAAUAUUAUUUAUUGUUUUUGUUCUAUCUUGAUGAAGACGUUUUUAGUUAUCGAAACAACUCAUGACAAUGUUAUUCUACUUCAAAAGGACAGACAUCUUCUUAAACUAGUUGGAAAAAGCUCGUAUAUUAAAUUUUGAGGAUAUAAUGUUUUAUGUGCUCAAUUUAUUUUUGUUAAUAUUAUGAUUAGACACUUAUAUCAGAUUACCUUGACAAUGGGGAUCAUAAUUAGAAAAAAGAGGCAUAUUAUACAGCUUAGGGCUGUAUAAUAUGCAUACAUGAUCAUUUUCACUAGUUUUCCUAUUCAGUUGUGCUUAGGCUUGUAGCUUACAAUGCUUAUAUUAAUCUCCUUAUCUGAAGUUCAGAAAUAAGUAAAAAUAAAAGUGUACAAUCAGGAAACCGAGCAAAAGGCAGCCGAGAACACAGCUGGAAGUUGCCAGUGAGCAAUGCUUCAUAUGGAACCAAACUCAGUCACCAGUCCCAGGAUUGCCACCCGGGAAGAAUGUAGAGAUAGUUAAAAAGUCUUAACUUUAAUGUGAGUUCACACGGCAGAGACUUGUAUGUUGAUUUGCCCAGUUAGGAGAGAGAAGUCAGGUGAAAUGCUGUCAGAUAGCAGUAGCUUAGAGACAUAACACCCUAGCACCCUCCCCAGCAAUUUAAAAAUAAUCCAUUGGAGAGUCAUGAAUGUCUGUAAUUCGAGAGUUAAAUAACUGCAUUCUGGUAGACAAAAUGUUUAGUCCAAUUCGGACCAGUACUGUUACUGUGAUGUGCACUGGUUUAUGUCUACAACUGUGUUGUUUGAAAUAUAGCAGCAGUGAAUAGAAUAUACGGCACGCUGUUCUAGAGCGACAUGGUUCCAAUUACUUUUUAGCAUAAAAGGGCAUUUAUAAUUACUUAUCUGCUUUAAUAAAAACAGGUUGAAAGUGAUUUAUGUUUUAUACUUUCGAGAAUUUUACUAAGAAGUAUGAUAUUCAAGCACUUAAGGUGUUUGGCUUUUUAGUUCCACCAGUACAUAAUGGUUUUGAACUUUUUAUUGUUUAAAAUGCCAACAGUCUACUGUAUUUAUGGAGAAUGAAGAAUAUAACAAUUGAUGCUGACUAAAAGAAAGAUUUAUUAGACAAACCACACCACAAAGUAUACAAAUAACAUAGUGCCUUUGUUAGAGAAUUCUUUCUUUUCAUCCUGUUUUAUUUUAUUCAGCAGGAACCUUACACUAUGUCAAUAAAAGGCAUAACCUAA